CUAAAACGGUGGAGUGAUGUUGAUCCUCUGUGUUGUUACUGCCUGAUUAUUUUAGUAAAGCGCUCCAGGACAUGGCGAUGUGGAGCGACGUUGAGCUUUUGACCAACGAGGACACAAACACUGUUCGUUUUGACAGUGUGUCAAAAGAGGAAAAUGGUAGCGGCUUGUACCAGGUGGAUACGCUGGUCAAAAUCUCUACUGCCAAUGAGGUGCACACAGAUCCCCGUCUCUCGUCCUGUAGUGGCUCAAACUGGAGUAUUGUCGUUGCUGACAAGACAGUUAUCCUGUUUGAUCAAAGCUAUCAGACCAUCCUUCUGCUUCUUCACUUUGAAACCGAUGUGGAUGCCAUUGAUGUAUGCCUGGAUGGACAGUUUUUGGCAGUCUGUGAAAGAAAUGGAAAUCUUCAUUUGGUCUACGUUCCACACAAGAAAAUCCUCCUCACCAGGGCUUUGGUUGAGGAACCAUCCAGUGGAGAUAAGAAAACCUAUCGCUAUCUCAUCAUGGACGAGGACAAGGCAUCUCCGGGGAUGUACCAUGUGUUCCUUCUCAUUAAGGAUGGUUUCUUCCACAUUACAAACCUCGCUUUGGCAAAGAUCGAGACAGCCAUUGAAAAAAUGGAUGUGGGAGCUUUAAAAGAGCUCCAGUCUCUGAUCAAGAUAGGCUUUUGCUCCACCAAGGAUUACCAUGAUGAGGACUGCAGUACAGCAGUGAUGUUCAAUCUAGGCCACGAAAUCCACCUCAUGAUUGGGGGGAAUAAAGACAAUGUUGUGACUCACUGGACGAUGGAUCCUCAGCAGGCAAAGAUGUGCUUUGCUCACUCCAUCGACAGUAGCCUAAUUCCAGGCGUGAAGAAGAUGGUGGUGGUGGACAAUCUCUUGUAUAUUCUGGACACUGAGGAUAUUCUGAGUCUUUGGGACCUGCAUUUCCUCGUCAUGGUUCACUGUUGGCCGGAUCUUUCCAUUUAUGACUUUGAACUCACCACAGAGUGCGGCUCUGCCUCCAUGGUGGCCCAAGACAAGGGCAGCAUGAAGAUGAUUACACUGACAAAGCAAGACAGCAGUCAGAUCAGCUCUCUGCAAAUCCGAUUUCUGCCCUCUAUGACUGUCUGCUACUCUCUUGAUGUGUCCUCAGUCUCCUGUCUUGUCCAGACAAAAAUAAACAUGGAUGCGAUUUAUUUAGUUGAGGGGAUUUGCGAGAACCCAGAAAGUCGGGGACAGCCUAUAGCCUCUGUUGUUGUCAGAUGCUUCACAGAGGCUUUGCCUGAGAACAGAUUUAGCAGACUUCUUCAUAAACACAUGUUUGAAGAGGCUGAAAAAUUUGCCAUCACAUUUGAGCUGGAUUUGGAGCUUGUCUACAAGGUGAAGCUCGACUUUGUGCUGGAGCAGCUGGCCUCUGCAUCGGUGGGUGGAUAUGGACAGGAUGUGUGGUCUGAACUUGUAGAUGAGGCCAAGACCAACUUGACAAAGAUCACAGAUGAGCAGUAUGUGGUGGACUACUGCCUCAAGGCUCCGUGGCCGACGUUUGAGACAGCGGAGAAGAUGUUAAACCAUGCAGCUACACGAUACUCCUCCCUACAGAUUCAAGAAGCCUUAGCCAGGCUGGCAACAUUUUGCAGCCUGCAAGGCUUGGAAAAUUUCAAUGGAAUUGCCUGGAUUGAGUUUCUGAAUAGCACUGAUAAUUUAGGAGACAUCCUGACCCAUCUAAGAGACGGAGACAUGAAGGGUGCACAACUGCUUUGGCUCAGAUACGAGGGGCAGAUUGCUGUAGAGUUUGAUGAAAGCAGGCUUGAAGCCAUACUCAGUGCCAUCCCAGAGGACCUGCCGUCCCAAGACCUCUGUCCCUGGUUCCGGACGGUUUUUGUUCCGUUUGUGAGGCGAGUGCUCCCAGGAGGACAGAGAAACUUGGCAAAAUGGCUCGAGCAGAAAGCAAGGAAUUUGGAGCUGACAGAAAAGGGUGCUUGGCCCCAGAACGGGUUGGACUUAGCAGUGCUUGGGGUGCCCUCUUUAUGGACAUGGAUGAAAUCUGACGAUAAUAACGGUGCAAGGGAGGUGGAGAACCUCAAGGCCCUGGUGUCCAACCUUCGUAGGCUGCUGGACCUCCACCGGAAAUACAACUGCAAACUUUCCCUUUCAGUCUUUGAGAAGGGGAGUGCAUUGAGUGUGGCAUUCUUCAUGCUGGACAAAGUGCCGGCUCCAGAGCUGAUCGCCGCCACAGUGGAAAACAGCAUCUUGCCAUACGCUGAAGAGCACGAGAUUCCUUUUGAUGAGCUACUUCUACAGUAUAUCAAGGAUCUGCUAGAACGCUGCAGUUCUCAGACAACAACACUUUUUACGGAGUGGGAGGCCAAAGCAGUGGCUGUGCUCGGCUGCAUGACUGAUACUGAUCUGAUGGUAGAUGCUGUGCUGGAGAUCAUGCAGAAAGCUGUGGUACCUUGGAGCAAUGUGGUGGAAAAGCUGGUUCAGCAGUAUCUAGAGAUGGAUGGACCAAAACAAGAGCUUUUAAAAGAGAGCUACCGUCUGAUGGAGAUUCGGAAACUUCUCAGAGGCUACGGCAUCCGCAACUUCAACCUCUCUAACACGAAUCAAAUCAUGACACUGAUAAGAUACAUCCUGAAGCAAGACGUACCAACAGCUUUAGAGGACUCCCUGACGUUAGCCGAUGCGUACAAACUACCAACGUCACAGAUCAAUUACCUGUAUCUCAUCCAGCUGAUUGGCCAAGGCAAGACUGAGGAGAUCUUAACCGUCCUGAAGAAGCUGUCGUCUGCAGAGGCAGAGUGUGUGAUUGAGCGGCUCACAUCGUGGGCCAGGCUGCAGCUGGAGGACAAAGACCACAUAUCUGAUGAGCACAAGAAACAUCAAAUGGUCAUAGCUCAAGUGAUGGUGGAGGCUUUGAAAUACCUGCAUGUAAUCCAAAAACACGAUGCUCUUAAAAGCAUGGAGUGUGAGAACAAUCUCAUCAUGUUCAAGGCGAUCGCCCACCUGCAGGAGGACUUUGAUGUUUUCUUCACCCCCUCCAACUAUGAGGAUCCAAACAUUCGAAAACAGAUCCAGGAGCAUCACAUCACAGCCUAUGAAAACACCCGUGGCCGCCAUUCAUCAAAGGCGAAGGCUACAACAGCUCCGGUUGUGGCUAAUGAUCCAGACGGCAAGACCAAGACCAUCUCCACAGAAGCUGGUUUACGCCGUCUAGGAAGGCAGCUGCAGCGCACCGAACAGGAGCUCUGGUCUGACCUGGCCCUGCGAGCUCUCGGAGUGGGCAAGGUGGACAAGGCCCUCAAGAUCUUCAGUGAGCUGUAUGAGCACCACUAUAACAGCAGUACUGGGAAGGUUUUGUUCACGGCUGCCAAGACGUUGUGCCAGAUGCUGGAGGCAGAUGUACCCAUGGUGCUUCCUGAUGACAUGGACUUGCCAGCAGUCAUCCAUUAUCUGGCCUGUCAGGCCAUCACUGUGUGUCACUCAGAUCUGCUUCUGGACUGCCUGGAGCUUUGCAAGUGCACACGGAUCGCCAUGGAUGUCUAUCAUCAGUGUCAGUUGUCAGACAACUAUGGCUUCAUAGCAAAGGAUCUGACUGUGGAGGCAGAAAAAGAUCCUUGUUCUCAGUGGAGUUUUCAAGACGUAUUCAAUGAAGACUGCAUCGUUCUGGACCCAGUGUCGGUGCUCCCUGUCCAGUACGAAAUUACCAACUGUCUGCUGCCUAUUUCUCAGGAUACCAAACUGUACCCGCUGGACUGUUCGUGUCUGUCUCACUGCUCAUUCGAAGACGGUUCGAACUAUCUGCAGCCCCUCCUCGGUCCUCUUACCAACAUGCUCCAGAUGUUACAGGAGUGCAGUCAGCUGGAGUUGGCCCUCAGAGUGCUGGUCAACUCGUACGGCAGCUGUCUGCAGCAUGUCACCUCUAAUGUCAUGGACAUAAAGCUAAGUGCACAGCUUUAUGAUUCACAAGAGCUUAAGAAGUACAAUGUAUGCCUGAAUGAUCUCAGAAAGACCACUACGUCUAUUCUGAACGCUGUGGCUGUGGCCCUCUUGAACAAGGUGUUUAACUGGAGGGUGGUCGAUUGUGAUUUGGCUAUUGGACUCUGCACGCUCCUCUCUAAAGUGGAUGUCUUCAAAAUACUGUGGAAAGUCAUUGACAACACUUGGCAAAACUAUGACAAAAUUUUGGCUGUGGCGAGGGUUGGGGCCAAUCUCUGCUGCUUGUACAAUGAGGCAGAGGAACAAAAGAAGUUUCUCUCUGUCAUCACUGAUGCUGAGUGGGGCAUCAAGCUUAGCAAAUUAGAGAUAUCUAUCCAGCCAGUGUUCCGCCAGCGACCUGAGAUGAAGAGCAGCCUGAUCCCUGUUUUGGUGAAGAACAGGAAGAUCACUCCAGACAUUAUCCUCCAGUACUGCAGUACCUUUGGUCUAGACCACGACGGUGUAAUCAACCAGUACAUUACCACAUUACUGCUGCUGCAAGAGGACGAGGAAGGUGCAGGAGACCCAGGACAGGAAGAGAUGCAGCCGCUGUGUCACGCCGACACGCUUGAACGAGUCCUGCAGAUCAUCCCAAUGCUGCACAGCACCAACGAGCUCACCGACAGUCUCUGUGCUGCCAUAUUCAAGCUCAGCCCUUAUAACUACGAGAGAAUCGAAGUAGUGCUGAAGAUCAUACAGGCUGCAGAUGAGAAUGUGACCAGAUUCUCUGUUAGUCAGGCAAUGGGCCUCCUUCAGCACCUGAAGUCCUACAAGCGAGUCUCUCCUCCCUCAGAUGUUGAGAACACGUAUCUUCUCGAGAACAGUCUGCUGCCAAACCCCUUGUCCAGCAGCAGACUUCCCUUCCACCUGCUUAUGCAAACCAAGCAUUACUGGAAGAUUAUCUCUCCUGAACUCACUGAGGAGACCUUCCCCACACUUCUUCUCAUUAGCAAACUGAUGAAGGUGAGUCUUGACAAGUUGUACAUGUCAGCAGCGAACCAUGUGUUUGAGAAGAAGAUGAAGCCUUUACUCUUAGAGCAAAGGAAGAAGGCUCAGGGUCACCACGGCAACAAUAAGGAGACUUUCAAGGUGGCCAUGACCAUGAUGAAGUACAUCCACUGCAUCCAGAGCCCAGAGUGGGCUGCUGCCACGGCCCACAGGAUAACCCAGGAGCUUCCACCAGGCUAUGAGAAAACACAGUCGCUUAGGUUCUGUUUGGCUCUUGGAGAUGCAUGGCUGAAGGAUCCAAACCUUGAGGAGGCAGCACGGGCCAGAGGGGAGACCUUCCUGUCGAAGCUGAAGCUGCAGUUUCAGCGCUCCGCCACUGAGAAUACGUUGAUUGCCAGUCAGCUGAGCAGCCCAGAGCACCUGAAACUGACUGGACUGCCAGCCAGGCUCAUUGUGGCUCUGUACGAGCACAGCAGUGUGGAGCAGCGAUACAGAGAGUCAGGAGGUCAAACCUAUCCAGACAUACACGCUGCAGUUAAGGAAAUAGCCACAAUCAACAAGGUGGAUAUUCUGAAAAUCCGUAACAUGAUGUUGGAAAAAUGGAUCUGCAAAACGGGCCCAGCUGUGGCCAAGGAUAUUGGUAAUCAAGAUUGUGUCAGCAACAUUGAGGAGGACCCAGACUUAAUGAGGGUGGUGUACAUGCUGCAGUCUUGCUCCAUGGAUGAUGCUGUCCGUCUUCUGAAACCUAUCCUAUCUGCCGAAACCUGGCCUCUCAGCACUUCUGGACCUCGUCUGACCUUCUGCCAUCGAACUCGAGCGCUGCUUUGUCUUGUCCGUCUCGCGGAUUCAGCCACUCUGGAGGCUCAGCUGCAGAUCCCCAGUAACAAAAUCCUAUAUUACCUGAAGUGCUACAUCUUUGUCUCUCAACUGGAGGCAUUAAACAUCCCGUACACGGUGCGAUCGUUCCUCAGUAGUCCCAAAGAGGGUUUAGUUAAAGGGCUGUGGAAGAACCACAGUCAUGAGCCACAGGCCGUGCGGCUGGUGGCAGAUCUGUGUCUGGAGUACCAGGUGUACGACCCUCAGCUGUGGAACAGUCUGCUUCAGAAGCUUCUGGGCUUCAACUUGAUCAGCCACCUCCAGAAGGUGCUUGAGGCAAUAGUGGCUGUGCCUGCUUUGUGGGAGAUUACCAGUUUCUCCAGGACCUGGAGGAGCAUGAUACUGGCACCUUUUGUCUCAGCUUCCAUUCCUCUGAGCCCGGAUCAGCAGGCGACACUCUACAGGACCUUCGUUCUUCUGCUCAAGUGCCCUUUCCUGUUGAAUCUGGACUUGAUAGGAAUUGCCAAUCGCUUCGCACAGUUCAAUCUGCCCGCCUUCGCCCUGGGAACUCUCCUCCUCAUCCCCUGUGCCAAUAAAAAGCCGCAGCAGGUCCAGGGCUUUCUGUCCGUCUGUAACCCAGUCACUGUCCUCGAGCAGGUCGAAGAGCUUAUGAACACUGGUGAAUUGGCUGGAAUCCCUGCACAGAUCAGGGAGACUGUCUUAACAUUCAUCAGCCAAAAUGGACAGCACCAGAAACUGCUGACGACCAAACACUUCAACCAUCUGAAGCAGCACGUAGUGUCCAACGGCCAACCCGAUCAGGUGAAAGACUUGGUGGAUUACCUGAUCAGCCAGAACCGCCAAGAUGAUGCUGACUCACUCGCUCAAGAGUUCAUGAAACUCAGAGAGCAUCCAAGAGGGAAGCUGCUGACAAAUGGAUCACCUUCACCGAGCUGCCUGAAGGAGUUUCUUAAACAGCAGAAUGGAGUAUUGGGAUAAACCAGUGUGACUUCUUCGGCUGUACUUUUAGUCUUUCUUGGUCUGCCUGGAGAGAUGCAAUAUUUGCACUUAACAUUUAUCUAUUAAUUGUUCAUGUAUUACUCAAAUAAAUUCUUUUCACUAUUGAAAA